AUGGAGGAGAAACUCGCCGCAGAGAUCGCCCGAAUCAUGGACAACACGGAGGUCCAGCCCAACAGAAAGCUCGACAGGCUUGUCAACUUCUUGAAAGAAUCGCAACUGGCCUACACCACCACCUUGAGGCCAGCAGAGCUACUGGUUCAUCCUCACAAUCGCGGAGGCAGCAUGCUCAAUCCGCUGGAUGUCCAUAGCAAAGGACAAAAGCUUUUGGAUCUUGGUUUCAGACCUUCGCUGCUCACGGACAGCAUCGCGAUCGAACUUUCUCCCCUAGAAGACAAGCGGAACGAGCAAAUCCGGGCGAACACGGACUUGAGUGAGAGGUCCAACGGCCUCAGCCUUGAGGAUGAGUGCAUGCGAGAUGCAGUGAAUCAGGGGUGGCCCUGGCUCCUGAUUUCUUGGCGGGCAGAGGCCAUGGCCCCCAACCUCCCAGCCUUCGUCCAGAUGGAUGCCGUGAACUCAGUCAAGGCAUCCAAACCUGCAUGCGAAGACUAUAUGGAGCAUGUAGGAGUUUAUGUCCAAAAAUUUGGAGGCGGCAGCCCCUUUCCUUUGAUUUCAUUCUUGGCAAGUUUUGCCAAGGAUUUGGCCCUUACUGUUGCAGUAGGAGAGGAAACUUUUAAGGCCAUUACGGCUUGGGAUCUGCAGGAGCCCUCGACUCAGUUCCCAUUGCUGCGAGCCGCCCUCUUAGCUUGUCAGCUCACAAGCCCGAAAGUUGUCGACGGCACAGCCCGUCUGCUUGUCAAGCAGGAUCUGGGCCGCCUCAAAAGCGCCCAGCUCCGACAGGCCCUCCUUCAAGCUGAGCAGAUUCUGGAGCACGGAUACCAGGUGUAUCGAGAUGCAGGUGAAACCCCAGCAGUGCAGCGAGCACUCGGCCGGAUGAUGGUGCGACUUUCUUUGCUCCCCACUAAGAAGGAGAAGUAUGGUCGUGAGAAGGUUAUGUAUGAGUCUCAGGAGAAGGUGGCCCAGCUCUUCGCUACCGAAGCUUUGAACACGAACCCAUCGGGCGCUAGCUCUGCUGGCGGGAGCGAAGCGGAUGAGAAUCGGGAGGAGGACCGGCCCCUGAAUCUCUUGGGUGGCAUGAGUGUAGGGGAGCAAGCUUUGCUGCAGAACCCGCACUUGAAGAAGGAUGGGAAGUACGUGCAUGCGGACUACCCAGACAAGAUCUUUGUUUUCGCUGGGCUCGAGAAUGACGAGGCCAAGUUCGUGCACACCCCCUUGUUUGCCUCGCCCGACAUCGUUAUGACAUCGCCAGAGCACUUCAAGAAGUGGAAGGUCACUCGCCUCCCAGUGCCGAGUGUGUUGGCUGCGGACGAAUCCGUUAAGUUCACCUACGGUGGCAGUGCUGUCUUGAACGAUGCGAAGAUCUUGGCGGAUGGGCAGCAGCAGCUUUUCCAGAUCUUCGCAGACCAGAACACCGGCGAUUCUUCAUGCUUGCAUUUCAUCCACCCUACGGCGGUGUACACCUCGGAGAGCUUUGCGAAGAAGAAGCUUCGCCUCAUUCCUCUGGCGAACAUGACGAGAGCCAAAGAAGGGCAGAAGCUCAGUCUAUGGGUCGAAUGGAAUGGCAACAAGUACCAGUUGUCUCCUUUUCCGCAGCCGAAGAAGACUGAUACCAUCGUGCCCUUCUACUGGAUCAAGACCACGUCCUCGGAGGAAGAGGUCAACAUGGUUGUGCAGUGGAAAACCUUAGCCGGCAUGAAAUUGCCCAUGCUCGUCAACAACAAGAAGGUGGCCAAGCACACGAUGCUCAUGCACGCCUCGAAGGAGCUGCUGCAGAAGCAGGAGAAGGAGAAGGGUUCCUUGAAGAGGAAGGCUACCUGA